AAACGUAUGGGGGCGUGGCUUUACGUAUUACGUUCCCUGACGCCGCAUUGAACUCUCUGCAACGCUGCAACUGUUAACGGUGAAAUGGCGCUAACUGAAGUUUCAACUAAUAAAUGCUGCGGUGGAUAUCAGAAAGUGUUCGAGCACGACAGCUCCGAGUUGAAAUGCAAAAUGAAGUUUGCCAUUUACCUUCCUCCCAAGGCUGAGAGCUCCAAAUGUCCAGUGUUAUACUGGCUUUCAGGUUUGACUUGCACGGAGCAGAAUUUCAUCACUAAAGCAGGGAGCCAACAGGCAGCCUCUGAGCAGGGACUCAUCAUAGUAGCACCAGACACCAGUCCACGUGGCUGCAAAAUUGAAGGAGAAGAUGAAAGCUGGGAUUUUGGAACAGGUGCAGGUUUCUAUGUAAAUGCCACUCAAGAACCCUGGAAGACCAAUUACCGCAUGUACUCGUAUGUCACUGAGGAGCUUCCGCAACUGAUAAAUUCCAACUUCCCUGCUGAUCCAGAGAAAAUGUCCGUCUUCGGACACUCCAUGGGUGGUCACGGAGCUCUCAUCUGUGCCCUAAAGAACCCUGGGAAAUAUAAGUCCGUCUCAGCGUUUGCCCCAAUAUGUAACCCAAUGCAAUGUGCAUGGGGACAGAAAGCUUUUACUGGCUAUCUUGGACCUGACAAAUCCACUUGGGAGGCAUAUGAUGCUACAGUAUUGUCUGAAUCAUACUCCGGUCCUGAUCUGGAUAUUCUGAUUGAUCAAGGCCGCGAUGACCAGUUCUUGUCUGCCAGUCAGCUGCUUCCUGACAAUCUGAUUGCUGCCUGUUCAAAGAAGAAAAUUCCAGUUGAUUUCCGUCUUCAGCAGGGUUAUGAUCACAGCUACUUUUUCAUCUUCUCCUUCAUCAAUGAUCACAUCAAGCACCACGCCAAGUAUCUGAACGCUUAAAACUGCUGCAGCUGGAUUUGUGCCUUUCGAAUUUGGAAAUGACAUUGUUAUAUUGACUGGUUCGCUGUCCUCAGGUUUCAGUGCAGCCCCCUGGAUUUUCCAUUUCAUCACGAGCAAGGUGAUGUUUAGCUGUAGAGGCCUUUUCUGUGUCUAUAAAUAAAGGGUUUUGGUUGUGA